UCCCGCCUCCUCCGGAUCCCUGUCACGUCCCGGCAGUACGUGUCCUCCGCAGCUCCCGCUCAGGAUGGAGGCCCCGCUGUCCCGGCCCGCAGUCUUUCUGGCUCUCUGCAUUGCCUUGUCUCAGACACUGCCUGGCAUUUCUCAAGCCGCAGAAGACAAGGAGCAGGCCCGGUCCGGCAGAGCUGCUCAGGACGGAGAGUGUCACUUCUACGCUGGAGGGCAGGUGUACCCCGGGGAGGCCACCCGUGUGCCAGUGUCCGACCACUCACUGCACCUCAGCAAAGCUAAAAUUUCCAAGCCAGCUCCAUACUGGGAGGGAACUGCAGUCAUAAAUGGAGAAUUCAAAGAGCUGAAACUUACAGAUUACAAAGGAAAAUACUUGGUUUUCUUCUUCUACCCUCUUGAUUUCACUUUUGUCUGCCCGACUGAAAUAAUUGCAUUUGGGGACCGUAUAGAAGAAUUUAGGUCAAUAAAUACGGAAGUUGUAGCCUGCUCCGUGGACUCGCAAUUCACACACUUGGCAUGGAUUAAUACGCCACGGAAGCAAGGUGGGCUUGGGCCAAUGAAAAUUCCUCUCCUUUCUGACUUGACUCAUCAGAUCUCAAAAGACUAUGGUGUAUACUUGGAAGACCAAGGUCACACUCUCAGAGGACUUUUUAUAAUUGAUGACAAGGGAGUUCUUCGUCAGAUUACAAUGAAUGACCUUCCUGUUGGACGAUCUGUAGAUGAAACUCUUCGUCUUGUUCAAGCAUUCCAGUAUACAGACAAACAUGGUGAAGUUUGCCCUGCUGGGUGGAAGCCUGGUAGUGAGACUAUAAUUCCUGACCCAGCUGGAAAACUAAAAUAUUUUGACAAGCAACACUGAUGUUUGAAUAUGCAAGGAUCAGUACUUGUUAAAGCUGGUUGACUACCUUCAUUAAAAUUCUGUGAAUUUUGUUAC